CCAACGUACUAUCCAGUUUGUAGAUUGGUGUCCAACCGGUUUCAAAGUCGGUAUUAACUAUCAGCCACCUACUGUCGUUCCAGGAGGCGAUUUAGCUAAAGUACAACGUGCAGUAUGUAUGUUGAGUAAUACUACAGCUAUCGCCGAAGCAUGGGCUCGUUUAGAUCAUAAAUUCGAUUUAAUGUACGCCAAACGCGCUUUUGUUCAUUGGUAUGUCGGCGAAGGUAUGGAAGAAGGCGAGUUUUCUGAAGCUCGUGAAGAUUUGGCAGCAUUGGAAAAGGAUUACGAAGAAGUAGGCACUGACUCAGUCGACGAUGAAGGCGAAGAAGGAGAAGAUGAAUACUAA